AUGGAAAAGGUGCUUGUCUACCUAGAGGGCACACUCCUCGAUCAGUACCUGGAGGUGCUGCCCUCGCGUUGGUCUGCGCUGCUGCCGCGCCUGGCCAAGGGAACGCAGCGACUACACGCGUUAACGGAUCUCACGACAGUCGAUGAGCUUGAAAGCGCCGUGGCGGACGACUUUCAGCUCGCUGCAAAGCUACUCCAUGCGGAACACCGAAUAUACCAAGAAGGCAUCGCACUCUUUGACGGGCUAAGUCAAGCAUCCGAUCUGGUGCGGCACACUUGGCGCCUACUCGCCAACGAUGUGCUUGCCGAACUCGCGGCAAAGGAAGUAAUGCUGGCACACUGGAAGGCCGCCGUGGCCACCAUCACCGCGGACACUCUGCGCGUGUACAGCCACGCGCUGUUGGUUCACGCAAGAGUCACGAAGUCUCGAGUGCACCACCUCAUAGCCCUGCUAAGAGAGGAGGAAGGUGGUUAG